GCUUGACGGCGCGAGGUGGCUCAGCCGCAAGAUGGCGGCGCUGGCGGAGGAGCAGACGGAGGUGGCGGUCAAGUUAGAGCCAGAGGGACCGCCGACGCUGCUACCUCCGCAGGCGGGGGACGGCGCUGGCGAGGGUGGCGGCGGCACUACCAACAACGGCCCCAACGGCGGCGGCGGGAACGUUGCGACGGCGUCGUCGUCGGCCGGCGGGGAUGGUGGGACCCCCAAGCCCUCGGCGGCUGUCUCCGCCGUUGCUCCGGCGGGGGCGGCCCCGGUGCCCGCCGCUGCUCCGGAGGCCGGCGUUCCCCACGACCGACAGACUCUGCUGGCCGUGCUGCAGUUCCUGCGGCAGAGCAACCUCCGCGAGGCCGAAGAGGCGCUGCGCCGUGAGGCCCGGCUGCUGGAGGAGGCAGUGGCGGGCACCGGAGCCCCGGGAGAGGCGGACGGCGCCGGUACAGAGGCGGCUAGCGCGCUUCUCAGCCGGGUCACAGCCUCGGCCCCCGGCCCCGCGGCCCCUGACCCUCCGGGCACCGGCGCUUCGGGGGCCGCCGCCGUCUCGGGCUUAGCGACAGGUCCUGCGGCUCCGGGGAAAGUUGGAAGUGUAGCUGUAGAAGACCAGCCGGAUGUCAGUGCUGUGCUGUCAGCCUACAACCAACAAGGGGACCCCACAAUGUAUGAAGAAUACUAUAGUGGACUGAAACACUUCAUUGAAUGUUCCUUGGACUGCCAUCGGGCAGAGUUAUCCCAACUGUUUUAUCCUCUGUUUGUACACAUGUACUUGGAACUAGUCUACAAUCAACAUGAGAAUGAAGCAAAAUCAUUUUUUGAGAAGUUCCAUGGAGAUCAGGAAUGUUAUUACCAGGAUGACCUACGAGUAUUAUCUAGUCUUACCAAAAAGGAACACAUGAAAGGGAAUGAGACCAUGUUGGAUUUUCGAACAAGUAAAUUUGUUCUGCGUAUUUCCCGUGACUCGUACCAACUCUUGAAGAGGCAUCUUCAGGAGAAACAGAACAAUCAGAUAUGGAACAUAGUUCAGGAGCACCUCUACAUUGACAUCUUUGAUGGGAUGCCGCGUAGUAAGCAACAGAUAGAUGCGAUGGUGGGAAGUUUGGCAGGAGAGGCUAAACGAGAGGCAAACAAAUCAAAGGUAUUUUUUGGUUUAUUAAAAGAGCCAGAAAUUGAGGUGCCUUUGGAUGAUGAAGAUGAAGAAGGAGAAAAUGAAGAAGGAAAACCUAAAAAGAAGAAGCCUAAAAAAGAUAGCAUUGGAUCCAAAAGCAAAAAACAAGAUCCCAAUGCUCCACCUCAAAACAGAAUCCCUCUUCCAGAGUUGAAAGAUUCAGAUAAGUUGGAUAAGAUAAUGAAUAUGAAAGAAACCACCAAACGAGUACGCCUUGGGCCAGACUGUUUACCCUCCAUUUGUUUCUAUACAUUCCUCAAUGCUUACCAGGGCCUCACUGCAGUGGAUGUCACUGAUGAUUCUAGUUUGAUUGCUGGAGGUUUUGCAGAUUCAACUGUUAGAGUGUGGUCUGUGACACCCAAAAAGCUUCGUAGUGUUAAACAAGCAGCAGAUCUUAGCCUCAUAGACAAAGAAUCAGAUGAUGUCUUAGAAAGAAUAAUGGAUGAGAAAACCGCAAGUGAGUUGAAGAUUUUGUAUGGUCACAGCGGGCCUGUCUAUGGAGCCAGCUUCAGUCCGGAUAGGUAACAUUCAAUGAAAAAUUAAAUACUGCUGCAUUAUAUUGAGAUUAUAUGUAAGUUAAUUACUGGAAACAUAUUGGGAAAAAUUCUGUUAGAAAAAUCUCAUGGAUGCCUCUUAUGCAUUAUCUUUUAGAAUCUUGCCAUUUGCUAAUUCAUCUUGGGGUACUGGUGUAUAAGAUAGCAACUUAAUAUAUACCCAAAUUUAUAGAAUCAAGAUGCACAGCUUCAGGAUUUGUUGGUUUUAAAAAUUAGCUUUAGUUUUUGUAUAACCCUGAUAGGGGCCAAAUUGCUUCUUUGGGUUCCUGCCUUGGGCUUGGGGCUACUGCUGUAUUCCAUCAUCUCCAAAUUCAGACAGAUUCCUGAUAUUAAAGGCAUGUUAGCUGUCAACUGAAGAUUUUGUGUAAUCAAAAGAAUUAAGAGGAUACUGAAAAGGGAAUUUGAAACCCACAAGUAGGUAUUUGCUUAUUUUUCGUGAUCUCUGACAUUCUGUAGAAAUUGGAGGGAAUUUUAUAUUCAUAAUAACCAUUUGUAUCUUAUGUGGAUAAUAGCUUUCAGUCCAUCAACAUUUUCAUCUUUAUGAAAUCUUGAGAGUGAAACUUUAAUAAGGUUUAGCCAGAUGAUGCAUUUUUACUUGAGGGAAACCUCUAAUUUCAAUGAAAACCGUAAUAGUUUGAGUGGUUCAGCUUUUGUGUUUAUCCCUGAAAAAGGUAAAAUAUUACCUACAUGU